AUGUCUUCCGAGAGGGGUUCUGAUGGGACGGAAGAGUCGGGGGUUAUGGUGCAGAGGGAGCACGUUGAGGAGGAUGAGGCUUAUAUGUCGUUGCAGUCACCUCAUGAAGUUCGUGAGCUUCAAACACAGGCUUCCGCUCCUACCUCGCCGGUCGAGUCUUCAACCCCCAUCCCAUCCUCCACCGUCGUCGACCUAACGCCAGCUGAAGCACCUAAACCCCCCGUCAAAGAAAUUAUCCGCAAAACAAUCACCGGCUACGUCGGCUUCGCAAACCUCCCAAAUCAAUGGCACCGUAAAGCUACCGCCAAAGGUUUCGCGUUCAACUUGAUGGUGUGCGGUGAGAGUGGAUUGGGAAAGACCACGUUGGUCAACACGUUGUUCGCCAAGUCGCUAGAGGACCAGGGUGUUUUGCCUUCGAAGGUCGACAAGGGUAUCGGGCCGGAAGUGCCGAAGACGGUUGAGAUUACCAAUAUCACGGCGAAUAUCGAGGAGAGUGGUGUUAGGUGCCGAUUGACUGUUGUCGAUACCCCCGGGUUUGGGGAUUACAUCAACAACGACCUCGCCUGGCGUCCUAUUCUCGAUAAUGUCGAGAAACGGUUCAAUGAUUAUCUGGAUGCGGAGAAUGCUCCUACGCGUACGCAGCUCCGUAAUCUCGAGACCGAUAAGCGGAUUCAUGCGUUGCUUUACUUCAUCCAGCCUACUGGACACUCACUCAAGCCUAUCGACAUCGAAGUCAUGAAGCGUCUUUGUGACCGUGUUAACCUCAUCCCUGUGAUCGCCAAAGCCGACACGCUCACCGACGACGAAGUCAACACCUUCAAAGCCCGCGUCAGAGCCGACAUCGAACACCACGGCAUCAAAACCUACAAGCCCGAAGAAAACGACUACGACGACGAAGACACCAUCAUGGAAAACCGCGAAUUCAUGGCCAAAAUGCCCUUCGCUGUCGUCGGCUCCUUGACCCAAAUCGAACUCCCUGGCGGCAGGCGCGUCCGCGGCCGUAAGUAUCCUUGGGGUGUGAUUGAGGUCGAUAACGAAGACCACUGCGAUUUCGUCAAGCUCCGUGAGAUGCUCGUCCGUACCCACAUGGAAGAACUCAAAGACCGCACCGCACAAACCCUCUACGAAUCCUACCGUACCGAGAAACUCAUGGCAAUGGGAAUCUCCCAAGACGCUUCCGUAUUCAAGGAAAUCAGCCCUCAGGCGAAGUUAGAGGAGGAAAGACAGUUGCAUGAGGCGAAGCUGGCGAAGAUGGAGAAUGAGAUGAAGUUGGUGUUUGCGCAGAAGGUCGCGGAGAAGGAGCAGAAGUUGAGGCAGAGUGAGGAGGAGUUGUAUGCUAGGCAUCGGGAGAUGAAGGAGCAGCUUGAGAAGCAGAAGCAGGAGAUUGAGCAGAAGAAGAUCAGGAUCGAGGCUGGUACGCCUACGAUGGAGGUGAAGACCGGCAAACGUGGAAAGUUCAGCUUGGGACGUUAG